AUGAGUGCUGACGGUGUCCCUUCCUGUUUCCUCCAUGUCUUCAGGUGGGGCAGGUGGAGCGACAUCCUGGCUCACGGGCGCUUCAAGCGGCCCCUGAAGGAGGCCGACGUGGAGACGAUCUGCAGGGCCCUGCUGGCUUACUGCCUGCUGCAUUACCGCGGAGACGAGAACAUCAAGAGCUUCAUCUGGGACCUGAUCACCCCGAGUGCAGACGGGACCACCAAGACGCUGACCAACCACUCUGGUCUCUCCACUCCAGUCCCUCGGGGCAGGAAGGGCAAGAAGGGGAAGCCCCUAGCCCCGCCUCCGCAGACGCCGCGAGCCGAUUGGCUGGCCAGCUGCAACCCCGACCACUUACUGCAAGAGGAUAGCUACAAGAGACACCUGAAACACCACUGUAACAAGGUGUUGCUGCGGGUGAGGAUGCUAUAUUACCUGCGGCAGGAAGUCAUCGGCGACCAGGCCGAUCGCAUCCUGGAAGGAGCUGACUCCAGUGAGCUGGACGUCUGGAUCCCCCAGCCGUUCCACGCCGAGGUCCCGGCCGACUGGUGGGACAGCGAGGCCGACAAAUCCCUGCUCAUCGGGGUCUUCAAGCACGAGACUCGCUCCGGUGGUUUCCAACACGGCAAACAUCACGCGAGGAGUCACGCACACAUCACGUUCAAACUGGGCGAGGGCACACAUGCAUACACACCAACACAUCCCACCCACUUCUGCUGCCACCGGUUGAUUGGUGUUGCUAUGGCGAUAGCAGUACGCAGCUGGCAGGCUCAGUGUGCUAUCGGGAGUGUGAUUGAUGGCUGGUUUCACCAGGAGCCCCCAGAGAGAGAGAGAGAGUGUGUGUGUGUAUGUGUCUCUGCUUUGGCAGGUAGUUACAGGUGUGUAUGUCACAGAUGAGGAUAAUAAUAAUACCAAACUAAUUUCCCUUUUCUCCGUUUACCGACAUUGGAUUGUAGCGUUGGUCUCCCUAUGACACACCUCUAGUUGCUGCCUGACUGUGUCUGCAAGCUGUGGAAGGAGACACUCAUUCAUAUUAAUUUGGCAUAAUUGUCAUAAUUUUAUUAUCAUUGCCACCCUCUAUGAUUCAAUUAGGACCCACACACACAGGGAUACAAAAGGGCUCACUCAUAGUUAAUCAUAAUCCUCAUUCACUUUGGAGGCCCUCGGGGUGGGGGGGCUAACACACAAAAUAAUGCAUGUCUCACACACAC